AUGAGCAACCUCCCGGCUAGGGCAAACGAAAGCCCAUCCUACGACUUUGGGUCUCAGGCUCAGAUCACCUCGUACCCUACGCAGACCAAGAUCAUAUCUACCGUCGCCUUGCUGAUAUUGGGAUACUAUGCCCUAUCCUUCUUCGACGCCUGGCCGUCCACAAUCAAGCGAUCCAUCUACGAAGUGGUUUUAUAUCUUAUCCCGUCUCCUCUGCUUUACGCCAUGCAAUAUGGUUUGGUCCGCCUUGGGCACCUAGCUCCGGAAGAAGCAAAAUUCAAGCCGGCCAACUUCGGGGACAUGCUUGCAAAACAAGAGGCAGUGCGGAGGAUAUUUGGACAGCCACAAUUACCCCUGGCACUGCGGAAGGUGAGGACUCUGUCGGGUCCCUUGAUGUCCUUGGGCAGUGAUAUCGGGCCUCCCGGUCUGGGCAACUGGGACAAUUCCUGCUAUCAGAACAGUGUCCUCCAAGGGUUCGCCUCUCUGCCAGCAUUUUUCGAGUACAUGGUGGAGAGUGAGAAGUUGUGCGACACAUAUGACAUAUCUGCGCCCACCCACCGAGCCCUGGUCGCUUUUCUUGAGCAACUGGCGGAUUCGAGUUGUCGGACGACCGUUCUUUGGACCCCCAGAGUGCUGAAAUCCAUGGAUAGUUGGCAGCAGCAGGAUGCGCAAGAAUAUUUCUCGCGGGUUCUUGAAGCGGUUGAGAAGGAGGCGAAACAGUAUUCACAGCGCCUGAGACGUUCUAUCACCGCUGGUCUGCAGUGUCUAGAGACCGUGGAACCAUCGGACGCCACCACCCGGGUGGUCCUGGAAGGGCAGACUGCAGUACGACAAGGGCGCAGUGUCGGUCGCGCCGGUUCAUCCUCAAACCUACCACGGCACGAAUUGCGCAAUCCCAUUGAAGGAAUGACCGCACAGUGCCUCGUAUGUGAGACUUGCGGUUUCACCGAAGGUCUCUCCCUCACCCAGUUCAAUUGUCUGACAUUGAAUCUUGGGCUGCAACUUGAAAGCAAUGUCGAGGCCUUGCUCGAUGAAUUCACCGCACCAGAGGAUAUUGAGGGAGUCGAGUGUGAAAACUGUACACGACUAGCGCGAGCUGAGACAGGCACCAAAGCCACAGAGGUUUCCAACAAGGAAGCCGUGGAAUCAAGUAACGACGCGGAAAAGAAGAUCCAGUCCGUCCUGCGCACCAAAGCAAAACAGAUCACUGUCGGACGUCUACCCAAGGAUCUGGUUUUGCACAUCAACCGAAGCAUUUUCGAUAACUACGGGAAUCAACUGAAGAACACGGCACCGGUCAGCUUUCCGGCAAGAUUAGACUUUUUGAGUAGAUGGUGUGCUCCACUUGACGCCAAAGAUAAUGCGGUUGAGGCCGUUUACGAGCUGAAAUGUGUUGUCACACAUUACGGUAGCCACCAUGAUGGCCACUACAUUGCACUGGGAAAGCGAAAUAAGGACUGGUUUUCCUUCAACGACGAGAGAGUGACCAAGAUCUCCGAGGACGAAGUGCUGGCCCGUGGGAAUGCUUUCAUGCUAUUCUACGAAGCCGCAUCCUCCCUGCCUACACUAGGACCACACAAGGAGGUCGCGGUCCAGGAGAUGGCGUCUCCCAUCCGUACCGAGCUUGACAUGGAGGAGGUUGAGGCUGGAUUUCCGCGGACUCUCCGAGGGUCAGUCCAGGACCAGAUGAACGCACCGGAAGAUAUAAUGGGCAAACUUUCCGAUGAUGAUAUACUUGGGUCAUCUUCUGAAACCGCCAUCGACAGCGACGCUUCGCCAGACACGACACCUGCGUCGUCUGAGAGCAGCUCGCCUUUCAAGACUCCGGCUCAAGUCCAUGACACGCAACACGGGUUGAUAUUCCCCGCCAUGAAGACGGCAACUGAUGUACCGGAUCAUGCGCAAGACGCGCAUGCCACAGGAUCACCGGUCGUGUCAGUACUUUGA